UUUCCACUCACUAAUCUGACUGCACAUCUAUGCUUAAGUCGCAUUCAAUCUGCUGGGUUUUUUGGAUUGAUAAUGUUGUGUAAAAUGAAGUCAAUAACUCUGCUUCUGAUUCUUUUUUCAGGCAUAUUUCAAGGUAAUACAAAUGAAAAUACACCAGGUUCAAAUUUCACUGAAGAUAAUGAAAAAGAUAAUAAGCCUGUUCCUACUAGUAGUACUACUGCUUCUUCUACUACUACUACUACUACUGCUGUUCCUCCGUCAGAUCGUACAACAUCUAGGAAUAUUUCCAUAUCAGCUGAACCAGUAACAUCAUCAACUAGUUCUUCUACCAGAAAAGCUACACCAUCACAAACAGCAGAUGGGGAUACAUCCAAAGCAGUUACAUCACCAACAACUCUCAGUUCCUCUUCAGCAAAUCCAGUGACUGUUGGAUUGUCUACUUCCUCAUCUACAGCAGCAGGCACAAAGUCCUUUCAAACCAUUAAUUCUUCCUCUGCAACAAAUACAACUCACCCAACAUUUACAACUAAUUCAGCAACUGGUUUCAAAAGCUGGAAGCAUUCUUCUUCCACAGAAUACAAAAGUAACAAUUUUUUCAACAAUAAAAAUUCAAACAGAUCAUCUCUUGCAUCCUCAAGUUCAACUACAGCUCCGUAUAUCAUGGGAUCAAAUGACAAAAACUCUUCAAAUAAAUUACCCUCUGGAACUGAAACUACUAAGUUAAAUUCUAUGAAGCAUUCAUCCGAAAAUAAAAUACUGUGGGUGCUCCUUCCAGUAUUUGUUGUCAUGUUGGUGGCAGCCAUAGUAUUUGUGAAGUUCAAGUGCAUGAAGACACACACAGAAUGUCCAGAUGCAGCUGAAAGUAGUAAAGAAAUAAAUUCUGCCAACAAAGACAGUGUAAUGCUUCUUGGUCUGAAGGCAACUGCUGAUGAUCAUGGAUCCGGAAGAUAAAAUGAAGAUCAUUAGUAACGACAGAAAUUCCAAAAAAAAUUUAUUUUACAGUAAAACUUAUUUUUCCAAAUGUGACAAAUCAAAUACAGUACAUACAGUUCUUUUAUGAACAACCGCAACAGGCAUGAGAAAAUGUCAUUGUCCAUUUUUGUAAUUGAAUCCAUACUUUAAGUGCAUUUUCAAGUGCUUUCUUUUUAUAACGUGACACAAAAUCUUCCUAAAGAUAAAUCAUUUGAAACUAAAUUUGAAACUUAUGCACAUUGUGCUUUAUUAUACUUCCUACCUUUUCUUUUCACAUUUUAUGAUGUUACUUCAAAGAAUGCAAGUAAAGAAGCCAUAACCAUACUGUAUACACUGUACUGAAAGAAAAAGGAAAAACACUGCUCAUCCUUUACUUGAUUCUCCACUGCCAUUAUAUUGUGUCCUUUUUACAUAUAUUAGAUAAUUUUUAUAUUGCAGUUUAUUCUUUAGAAUUUGCUAAUGAAUUCAGUAAUAAGAAAAUCGUAUUUUAGAAUGCAAAUAAUGAAAAUAGAACUGCUUGGUGAUACAGGUAGUUGAUUUUAAUAGCCUAAUCUGGUGUAUUAAUGAUAUUCAAAUGGUCUAGACAAAAUGCACUGUGUAAAGUUUUUCAUUACAACCAAUUUUACAGUUAUGAGGUUUGUGCCUGCCUUUUAAGAUUGUUUGUACUUAGCAACUUGUUGCUGUUGUCCACUUCAUGCAAAUGCAACAAUAAUACAUUCAGUAUAUUUAAAUUGUGGUAAAAUAUUACUUUCAAAAUACAACACAAUACAUUCUAAUUUAUAGUUCCACUUUGAGAAUUAUACAUUCAAAUUUUAAAUAGAACAUCACUGAAUUUUUAAAAAAUCUUCGUAUAUGUAGAACUGAUGUUUGCUUGGGUCAUUAUACUGAAAACUGUGCUGAAUAUAUUUAUGCUUCUUGUAAAAUGGAAUAUAGGCAAAACAUGUCUGAAUGGACUGCUGAAUUUCAUUCUUUUCCUUUUAGUUUGAAAUUUAUAUUUGACUAAUGCUUUUUGUAUUUACUUAAAUAAUUGUCUUCAGUAAAAUUCUGUACAAUUGGGUGACUUUAUUGAAUAUUUUCCAAGUUUAAUGCUAUUUUCUCAUCAUUAUUAAAUAAUUACAGAGAUAGAGCAACUCUAUAUAAAAUAAUUUCAUGUUUCAUUUAACACAAUUUUAUGUACAAUACACUGUGUGCUAAUAAACAAUAGUAGUUACAUCAAUGAACUUUCUUGAUUUUGCCACAGUGCAUCAAAGAGAUCUGAACAAAGUGAAUUGUGCCUUGGUACAAUCAUUUCUUUACUUUGAUCGAUUUUUGUUUUUCUUUAACACUAACAUAUAUAGCUGAACACUACUGAGAUUGCAUAAUCACAUUUUUAAAAUUUUGUCAAUAUUAUAAAAAAGUUACUGGAGAUAUUAAUUUAUUUCCAUUUUUAAAAGAUAUUACUCUAAAGUUCAAUUUUGCCUAGUUGGUUAUAAUAUUUUUAUUUUGUUUGAUGUUCAAUUUAUACAUUCAGGAAUAAAUAUAGCUUAAUUGAAUUUUGCAUUUUGGGGUUCACAUUAUGUGACAGCGACUUUUAUUCUUGUAAGGUCACUGUUUUGUUUAUGCCUUGUAUGUUGAUUCAAUAAAAUUAUUGUUGAGCUUUUA